AUGGCUACAAUACGUCCAUUUGAUGUAUUUGACCUGUUUAAAUUUAAUAAUGUGAAUUUGGACCCUCUUACUGAAACAUACGGGUUCUACUUUUAUAUUCAGUAUCUAAUAAAUCACCCUGAAUAUUUUCAAGUUUGCCAACACCCGUCAGGUGAAAUCAUGGGUUAUGUUAUGGGGAAAGCAGAAGGUGACAGAGAGAAUUGGCAUGGGCAUGUUACUGCAGUAACCGUUGCACCGAGUUAUCGACGUCUUCAUCUUGCUGCUAGGAUGAUGCAGACACUUGAAGAUAUAUCAACCAUGAAGAAAUGCUACUUUGUGGAUUUGUUUGUUAGGGUUAGUAAUGCGGUUGCUAUAAGUAUGUAUAAAUCAUUGGGAUACGUGGUUUACAGGAGGAUAAUUGAUUAUUAUUCAGGCGAGAAGGAGGAAGAUGCGUUUGAUAUGCGAAAAGCUCUGCCCCGUGAUGUAGAGAAGAAGUCAAUGGUUCCAUUGAAACAGCCAGUAACGUGUGAUGAAAUAGAUCUUAAGGAUUAA